AUGACUACUUCUUUUCUGGAACCAUUUUAUGCACUUCUCCUGCUUCUCAUACUUGCUGCAGCAGCACCCAUUCUGGGAUUCCACAAUGGCUCAGAAAUAAAGUGCAUCGAGAGGGAGAGACAGGCACUCCUCAACUUCAAACAUGGCCUCAUAGAUGACAAUGGGGGCAUGCUGGCUACGUGGAGGGAUGACGAGAACAGUAGAGAUUGUUGCAAAUGGAAAGGUAUUCGUUGCGACCAUAUAACAGGUCAUGUAACCAUCCUUCGUCUCCGUGGUUCUUAUGCACAAUAUUUGAUAGGUGCAAUCAGUAUCAGUUCAUUGUUUCCCUUGCAAAAUAUUCAACAUUUGGAUCUCAGCUCCAAUAUUUUUGAAGGGAGUGACAUCCCACAACUCAUGGGCUCACUAACCAACUUAAGAUAUCUCAAUCUCUCCAAUUCUUAUAUUAAUGGCAGCAUUCCUACCCAACUUGGAAGCCUUACACACUUAAGGUAUCUCGAUCUCAGUUACAAUCAUCUCAACGGGAACCUCCCCCAUCAACUUGGAAAUCUGUCACAGUUGAGGUAUCUUGAUCUUAGUGGAAAUGAUUUUUCCGGAACAUUGUCUUUCCAGGUUGGCAAAUUUCCUUUCUUGCAAACUCUUAGACUUGCUGGUGGUUUUGAUGCCAAACCCGAGGAUGCAAAGUGGUUGUCUAAUCUCAGUUCCCUAAGACAUCUAGCGUUCAAUGGUUUACAUAACCCUGAUUGGUUGCAAAUGAUUCAUAGUCCAAAGCUAAGAGAGUUGAGUCUUAGGGAUGAUAGUUUUCUCAUGUCAACUAUUUCAAUCACGAAUUCUUCAUCUUCUCUCGUCUCCCUUGAUCUUUCCCUCAAUAUGUUGAAAUCAUCAUCCAUAUUUUACUGGCUCUUCAACUCCACUACCAAUAUUUGUGAACUUGACCUUUAUCAUAACAUGUUGGAAGGUCCCAUUCCAGAUGGAUUUGGGAAAGUAAUGAACUCUCUUGAAGUUCUUGACCUCUAUGCUAACAAACUCCAAGGCGAGAUUCCAUUUUUCUUUGGGAACAUCUGCACAUUGCAAAUUUUAGACCUCUCACACAACAAGCUGAGUGGAAAUAUUUCUAGCUUCUUUCAGAAUUCAUCAUGGUGCAACAGAAACGUGUUUCAGAGAUUGUAUUUACCUUAUAACAACAUUACAGGCAUUCUACCUAUGAGCAUUGGAUUGCUAUCUGAGUUGGAGGACUUGUACUUGGAAGGAAACCGUUUGGAGGGUGACGUCACUGAAUCCCAUCUUUCCAAUUUUUCCAAAUUAAGGUACUUAUCUUUGUCAAAUAACUCAUUGUCUGUAAAAUUUGUCCCUACUUGGGUUCCACCUUUCCAGUUACAAAAUUUGGGACUAAGAUCUUGCAAGUUGGGUCCUAGUUUUCCUAGUUGGCUCCAUACUCAAAGUUCGUUAAGUGACCUCGAUAUUUCCGACAAUGGACUUAAUUACGUACCGGAUUGGGUUUGGGACAACUUGCAAAAUAUGAGAACAUUGAAUAUGUCUCACAACAAUCUCAGUGGUCCAAUUCCUAAUAUAUCAUUGAAGCUUCCCCAUACACCAUCUGUAAUUCUGAAUUCGAAUCACUUUGAAGGAAAAAUUCCAUCGUUUUUACUACAAGCUUCAGAGUUGAUGCUUUCUAACAAUAAAUUCUCAGAUCUGUUUUCAUUCAUAUGUAACCAAGGCAACUCCGAAAUGUGGAUUUUAGAUUUGUCAAACAAUCAAUUGAAGGGACAGCUCCCUGACUGUUGGACAUCUGUUGAUUGGUUAGGGUGA